AAAUACAUUUACAUAUAUUAUACGACCUGUUGGCCUAGAGAGGCGAGCCUACAAACACGUAGAACUUAUCUCGUAACGUCUCGGGCUGGAAAAUAGUCAACAGUCGAACAGUCGUUCGUUUGUAACAGCUGUAACCAUGAAAUCUUUCAUCAAUUACUCGGCAGAUUGCGAUUUUCCGAUUGAGAAUUUACCGUACGGAGUCUUUUCUACGAAAGAUAUCCCUGAAAAGACAAUAGGGGUGGCAAUUGGCGAUGAAAUUUUAAAUUUGAACGCUAUCGCAAACUAUUUUGAUGGCCCUUUGUUAAAAGAUAAGCAAGAUGUGUUCCGCCGUGACUGUCUCAAUGAUUUUAUGUCUCUGGGAAGACCAGCAUGGCUAGAAGCAAGAGCGAAACUCCAAGAGUUACUUUCUUCGGGCAAUCCUACUUUACAAAAUCCAACUAUUCGUUCAAAAGUGUUUAUCGCACAGAAGAACGCAACGAUGCAUUUGCCUGCGAAAAUCGGCGACUACACGGAUUUCUUCUCCUCUAUUCAUCACGCAACAAAUACAGGAAUUAUGUUCCGUGGCAAAGAAAAUGCACUGUUACCAAAUUGGAAAUAUUUGCCGGUUGGCUAUCACGGAAGAGCAAGUUCCGUUGUCGUAUCAGGCACAUUUAUAAGACGGCCACGCGGUCAGACACUUCCGAUUGAGGGCGCAGCGCCGGCUUUCGGCCCUAGUAGAUUGAUGGAUUUUGAGCUCGAAGUUGCUUUCUUCGUUGGUGGACCACCUACAAAUCUUGGCGAUACUAUUCCAGCCUCGAAAGCUUAUGAUCAUAUCUUUGGGAUGGUUUUAAUGAAUGAUUGGAGUGCACGUGAUAUUCAAAAGUGGGAGUACGUUCCAUUAGGUCCAUUCGGCGCAAAAAAUUUCGGAACUACAAUCUCUCCGUGGGUGAUUACAAUGGAAGCUCUAGAACCCUUCAAAGUACCCAAUAUGAGCCAAGAUCCAACGCCAUUUUCCUAUUUGCAGCAUGACAAAUCUUGCAACUUCGAUAUUAAAUUGGAGAUAGAUCUUAAACCUCCAAGUGGUGUAGUCACAACUAUAUGCCGAAGUAACUUCAAAUACAUGUAUUGGACUCCGCAACAACAACUGGCGCAUCACACUGUCACUGGAUGUAACAUUAAUCCUGGUGACUUAAUGGCUUCUGGAACUAUAAGCGGAGAGACUUCGGAUUCUUAUGGUUCUAUGCUGGAAUUAUCUUGGAAAGGAACACGUUCUAUUUCUUUAAAAGACGGUACUACGAGAAAGUUUCUUCAAGACGGGGACGAGAUAAUUCUGCGCGGUUAUUGUGUCGGUGAUGGUUACAGAAUCGGUUUCGGGUCGUGCACGGGUAAAUUGUUACCUGCUCACACAGAGUAAAAUGUAUAAAAAUACAUAAAACUAUCAAAUAAAAAAUGUAUGAAAAUACAAACCACAUUUGUUUAUACAUGUUUGCUAUCUU